AUGGGAGAAACACAGUUUCCUGAGUUUGGUGCGGCGGUGAUGCUGGAUGAUCUGCAAGUGGGAUACUAUGACUCAACAGAGGAAAGGUUUUUCCACCGGAGGCACAACAAUACUGAAGACUAUGUUGCAGAGCAGAAAGAUGCUCGCCUUGUAUUUGGAAAUAUGCAUAGUGAUGUCAAAUUUCUAACAACAUAUCUAAUGCAUCAACUCAACCACACAGAUGGAGUUUAUGUUUAUCAAAGAAUCUUCGGAUGUGAGCUGCUGGAUGGUAGUAAAUCAGGACAAAUGAAGUUGCUGGAUGCUUUCAGUGGCAUGAACGUGGUGGAAGUUCAAUUCAACAUGCAACAGGGCACCUUUCGACGGAACUUUGAGUCGAUAAAGGCUAAUGAAUGGACCGCAGAUGAUUUGCUGGUGAGGAUGGUUUAUCGUCCUAUCUGCAUUAAAACCCUGGAGAGAUACCUUCAAAAUGAGAAAAGAUAUGUAAUGAGAAAAGUGAAACCCAGAGUAAGACUCCUGAAGAAGACACUUAGAGACUCUGACAAGGUUCAGGUGACAUGUCUGGCCACUGGUUUUUACCCUCGUCACAUCAACCUGACUCUGUUCAGAGAUGGUCAGUCUGUGUCUGAGGACCAGAUCACUGGAGGGAUACUGCUACCUAAUGGAGAUGGAACCUACCAGAUGAGGAAGAGUUUGGAAGUCAGUGAAAAGGAACUGAGGGAGAGACAGUACACCUGCACAGCCACCCACCUCAGCCUGGACAACAAGCUGGACAUCAGUGACGAUUAUGGUCCAGAUCUGCCGAUUCUACCCCUAGUGAUCCCUAUACUGGUGGUCUUGUUUGUGUUGGUGAUGACUAUUAUCGCUGGCUAUGUCAUAUGGAAGAGAUCCACAGGGCAACGGCAUCAGGGAGAAUACUCUGCUACUACAAAUGCGGAACAAAAUAUGCCAUCUGCAGAUCCCACAUUAUGACACAGUUUCUGCUCAAAUGACCUCAGAAUACUUAGUGUAUCAAAGCUAGUAAAAUUGAAUUAUGGCGUGAAUUGUAA